AUGGUGAUAUGGAAGGGCAAUGUAAAAAAUAAAAUAUUGUUUUUAAUUUUUGUAGCUUAUUUUUUUGUUUUUGUUAAGAUAAGCAAUGGUCAGUUGAUUAAAUUGGAUGGUCAGAAAAUUAACACUAAUUAUAUUCUAUAUGUUUUGAAAGGUUUAUUUAUAUUUGGAGAGAAUGAAAGUCCUUAUGUUUUAUUAGGAAAAAAGAAGGAUAUGGAUUUUAAGGCAGCUCAUGCAAUUUUUGAAAAUGUAGGUAUAAGUACUACUGAUAAUAAGAACACGAAAUAUUUUUCUUUUGAAAUGGGUGAUACUACAAGUGAUAAUAAUAAUAAUGACAAUAACAACGAUGACAACAACAAUAAUAAUAAUAAUAAUAAUGAUGACAAUAAUAAUAAUAAUAAAAACAAUGAUGACAAUAAUAAUAAUAAUAAUUAUGAUAAUAAUACGAAACAACUACAAAAUAGUUACAACAAUCAUAGUAAUAAUACAAAUAGCCAAAGUGAUAAACAAAACUAUGACGAUGAAAAUAAAGAUAAAUUCAAAAUAAAUUUAUAUAAAGAUAAUCCAUAUCUACGUAAAAAAAAAGAAUAUAGAUACUCAGAAGAUGUGGAUUCUUUUGUUACCCCUGAAUUAUUUUUAGAAUUAAUAAUAAUGAAAGAAAAAGAUUUUAAUAAACAUUAUUUGCCAAAAGAUCAUGAUAUAUGUUGUUAUAUGCAAGAAGAAGGAAUAGACGGAUAUGAAAAAUAUACUUGCCCUGGAAAAGGAUACUUAAAAAGAUAUAUAGAUGAGGAUAAUAUGUAUUCAUUGAAAUUACCUGUUUAUUUUAUAAAUGAUAGAAUAAAAGAUGAUAAUAAUAGUAAUAAUAAUAGUAAUAGUAGUAGUAGUAGUAGCAGUAGUAGUAGUAGUAGUAGUAGUAGUAGUAGUGGUAGUAGUUAUUAUAAUAAUGUUUAUAAUUUUAAUAGUGGGAAUGAAAUUAAUCAUGAAAAUUUAUUAAAUCAUUUGAAAAAUAAAUUUGUUUAUAAUAUUAAAGAUACAGAUGUGUAUGCUUUAUUUUUAUCAAACUGUAUGGAUAGUAAAAAAUAUGAAUUACAUUUACAUGGAAAUAUACAUAUUUUAAAUGAAUAUGGUUAUUUACCAGGAGAUAAAAUAUCAAAAUUAAAUUUAUAUGUUUUAAGUAUGAUAAUAUAUUUAAUUUAUUUAUUUAUAUGGUCAUAUUUAUUAAUUAAGAAUAAAAAUUAUGUUAUAAAAAUACAAAUCUGGAUUUUAGUAUGUGUUUUUUUAUAUUUAAUGGAAAAUGUGUUCUUAUUUUUAUAUUUCUUAUCAUAUAAUUUAUAUGCUAAAGUUAAUAAUGAAUUAUUAUUUAUAUCAGUUUGUUCAAGUAUUUUAAAAAAUGUUUGUUCGUAUCUUCUUAUAUUAUUAGGAUCAUUAGGAUGGGGUAUUGUCAUUCCAACAUUAGAUAGAAAAACAUUUAUAAAAAUAAAAAUCCUUUUUUUCUUUUUUAUCAUUUUUGAUUUUAUUAAACAAUUUGUAGAUAUGCAUUUAACAGAUACACAAAUUAAUACUGGAUAUUUUCUAUUUUGUAUAAUACCAGUUACUAUUAUUUAUUCAAUUAUAUAUUUAUGGGUUUUUACAUCAGCUAGCCAAAUUAUUAUACAAUUAAAUGAGGAUAAACAAUAUGAAAAAUUGAAUAUGUUUAAAAAUUUUUUUAAUGUAUUAAUAUUUACAUUAUUAUUUUCAAUUAUAGCAUUCAUAAUAGAUAUAGUAGUAAUGAUAUAUGUAGAUAAUACUAUAUGGAAUUUAAAAAAUUAUUUAAGUGAAGGAAUUAUUAGUUGUUUAUUCUUAAUUAUAUUAACAGCCAUGUUUUUUUUAUUUAAACCUUCUGAUAGGCUUAAGAGAAUAUCUCAUUUUACAGAAAUUGGAGAUAUGGAUGAAAUGGAAGAUUUUUCAAAUUUCAAAAAUUCAAUUGAAGAUAUAUCAUAA